GGGCUGCAUGCUAUUUUACCCAUCGCCGUACUAUUAUUGAAAUAAUCUAGCGCUUCUUCUCUUGUCCCUUUCACUGCCCUUGGAUGUUUUGGCCACUCCUAGGGUUAAGUCAGAGAUCGCCACAAGAUGGAUACAAGUAACUAUCGACUGCCUCGGCGCUCAGCCAGCCAUGGAACUCUUCGUAGUAGCUACGCCCAUCACGGAAGACCACUGCACAAGCCCCUCCGAAGUGUCAACGAAAACUCCGUGUUGCUGCACUCUCCCGGAGCCUUGGAGAGCAUGCUAAAAACCACCACCGAGACUGGAGACAUCGGUAUUUUCAGCAUAAAGCCUUCUAGCUCUUCAAACCUAGGCGAGUUGACUCCAAGACGCAACAACAUCUCGAGAGGAACAGGGCAGAUGCUUCCACCCGUGCGACGCUCAGUUGAUGAUCGAAGAAAACCACCUUCGCAUCGAGACACGACCUCGGAAAUUCUUUCCAUGUACGGUUCCGCCUCUCAAAGCUCUGUCACCAGCACCUUGACUCCUUCGACGGACGAAAUCGGCGGGCAACGCUCCUACUCCAUGACCACGGUUGGAUCGAGACAUUUGUCUCAUCACAAGUCGAACGCCACGAUGCAGAGCCAGGCCAGUGGCAGUAAUAUGCAACGACCGCGUUCUCCCUUUCCCUACCCUACACGUCUGAAGCGACCGGGCGCUCGGCCGUCGUCUCCAGCUGUGACGGAGAAUGGCCUUGUUGACUAUAGUCGCAUGGUAGAGAUUAACAGAAUCUCCUUGAGAACUAGCCAUGGACCAUAUAAAUCGUCAUACCCGCAGCCUCGAAGACCUCCUCCUUUGGGGCUCCGCGCCGAUGCAAAUCAGUCGACUCCUCCAUUGCUUGGCCAAGGGCCCCCUAUGCGCCGUCACCCAGGCCCACCUUCGGUUCGGACUGUGUCUGCAGCCUCCGUAGCUUCUUGGAAUGCACCAUUCCGAGAUAGAUUGGAUAGCAACUCUUCGAGAACAUCAAGUCUGACUUCGGUCAUAAAUAUGUAUCAUCGCAUGCCAUCCGCUCUCAAAAACACCCAGCUGGCGCCUCCUGCUCCACCGCCACGAUACUAUGAUUACACCGAGGAGUUUGAAAGCAAGCAACCUCGGUCAUCAACUCCAGUCCAGCCAGUAGCGCCGGUUCCAACUAGAGCACCGAGUGCCCAACGUCCUAUGGUCCUCAGAGAAGGGUCUGAGGAACAGCUGGCAGCUGCUUUGGGCGUGGAUGCAGAAUCCGAGUCCUUGCAAGAGAAUGAGAAUCGGAGUGAUUCGGGAGACACCGAGCAUAUCCAAGCGAGGAAAGACGUUGGAGGCCACGGUGACGGUGACAGCGACCAGCCCACCACCGGUCAAGGUUUGACCCAACGAACCCCCGCAUCUCCGCCGCAGGGGAUUGUUGCUGUACCCAACAGCGCGGGCAGGAAAAGAACGCAGACAAGAGGUAGUGAUAUCGACCUGUUACCGUCGCAAAUUGGCCGUGGUUCCAUGGACACCUUCAAUCCAAGUCUAGAUAUCGAGUCCAGAGAGGCUACGUACAGUUAUCUAAGCUACCGUGCAACAGCAAGCUCCAAGACUAUGUCAGCACUACCAGGUCGUCAGGUACAGGUACAAGGCUCCGGAACUCCUACCAUCCGCAGUGAACAAGGGGUAAUUCUCAAGGAUGAUGUUGAAGAUGAGAGUUCUUUGGAAAGAGCUUCUCAUGCAAGUGUUGACCGGACCGAGGUAGCAACUCCUAUUAUUUCUGUGCAAAGCCCCUCCAAAGGAGGAUCAAACUCCAACCCAGCUGAUGGUCAUUCAAAGACAUUGGAUGAAAAAGCACAAGGAACCUUCGUUCGUCCCUUGCGCCGCGGAACAUCAACAGAGCCUCUCGGUUCAAUGGUUGUCGAUUCCAAGCCCAACAGUAAUCUAGCUGCUGGACCCAGUCUGAUGGGAGAAGACCUGCGGCUGAAGCUUGAUGCGAUCGUGGAAAACGCCGAAUCUCGAAAGUCAUCAAUAUCUUCAAACCCUGGUGAAAAUACAGUGCAUCGAUGCUCGGACGAGCGUGGAGAUGUUAAUUCAUCUCCAGACACCACAAAUUCGCUGAGAAUGAAAGGAAGUGAGAAUAAUUUCAAUCAAUACCGAUGCCACAGGAGGAACCAAGCUGCUCUCAACAUAGCGACGAAGGAUCUGCCUAGAGAAAGCAGCGGAGAUUUUCCACGGCUUACUCCAUCAUGCUCAGAAACGCCUUUGAUAUCACCAAAGCCUAUAUCUCCCGCCCGGCAGCUCAAGGUCAAGAACAGUAUCCCUCAACUCAUGAAAGCGCUGCCGCCCUUACCUGGUGAGCCUGGUUACGUUCAGCCAUCUACACCCCCCACAACAGGUGACGAGGACGACGUUGCAGAGGUUCUUGCGCCAUUCAGUUUCGCUUCAUCUGACACCUCCAACGUAUUUAGAGGGCCGAACAAAACACAGUUCCCUACAAAUAGUAUGUGUGAUGGAGGUAACCGAUUGUCAAGCUUACCCAAGAAGCUUCCGAAGAUACGGCUCAGGCCCAAGGAGGCUAUUUAUUCCAGAACGAACCCAAGAGAUUCUCGACCCUGGAAUUCGGACAGCAACUACCCGUGGUGCAGUCAUAGCCCGGAGAUUGAACAUGAGAGCGAGGACGGCAACGACAAUAGUCUGGCAUCAGCCAAGAGAAAAUUCCGAUUAAGGGGUUCUCGAAGUGUUGGUGGUGGUAGCCCAUCCCCUACGACUGUACGACGACACCCGGCCGCUCGAGGUUCUGAAAUUGUCGCAAGUCUGGCUAGACAGCAGGCAAAGGAUUUGUUCAGUUUACCGAGCGGGCUGAGCUCCGCUUUCCGUGAGGUAAGCAGAAAGCUGACCUCGAGUACCCAUCAUGAUGUGGGAAGUUCGAUCGAGAAGCCUGGUGUAGCAUCUGAGGAUCCCAGAAAUGCAGAAGCUCGACAGGAAAACCAGGGCGCAGAACUCGAGCCAAAAAAGCAACGCAUCCUCACGAGAGUGCGGGGAAGACGGGACUGGAGUACAACCAGAGCAAGGAAGAGCGCAGGAUCAAAGCGGCAGCAAAGAUUGCGUAAGAGUUUGUCAAAUAUUGGAUGGAUCAUAGAGCGAUCUCCCCAUGUUCGACGAGGACAAGCGAUGCCAACAUCGGUGACACAGCUAGUGCCCGACAAGAGGCAAGCCGGCUUGGAUAGUGUGUUGGGAACAGACAAUAUCGAUUUUGACAGCAAGCAAUUCACGGUCAGCGAGGGUCUUUCGCCUGUGCCGCCGCAACGGGCUCGCUUUCGACGACGAGUACGAGAUAAGGUCUCCAAGUGGAUGAGACGUACCAAGGAGACAGUGAAGGCUUACGGCAAGAAGAUUCACGGCAUGUGAUGGCCAAUUCAACAUCUAAGUGUUUGGUCGAGGGAUGGAAGAA